UCUCCAACGAAUUACGUGAACAUCACGGUGAGAUGGGUGUCGGCAGCAAGGCCGAGCAGCGGCUGCUGCUGUCCUAUUGCUCUUUCACUUGCAUUUACCUUUCCGGCAUCCUGACGCUGGUCAAGUUCAACGAUAAUCUAUACAACGUCGGCAAGUACAAAUUUCUACCCGUGUUGAUGAUCCUGACAUUCGCCGAGGUGAUAAAGCUGCUGUUUCCCAUGCUGCAAACGGAGGCGCCUACCAUAAUCAAGCUCGAGCAGCGUGCCUCACCAAAGACCAAGAGAUCCUGGACAAAGUGCCUGAGAGAGGUGUUCAAGUUUACGCUCGCCGCGUUCGUGCUGUCGAUCAUUUACUACGUGAUGAUCGUGCUAUUCGGCGCACCCGUGCUGACUGAUCAUGAGGAGACAACGAUGCUCGUCGUCACACUGAUCACUCUGACCUUCGUGUCUACCAGCUUGCAUCUGGGCGUGGAUACUGCGUUGGACAUCCUGAUGGGGACCUAUUCUCAGAAAAGCAAUGUCCUCGCAGAUGCCUUGAAGCUCAAUAUCCAGUCGACAAUAUUGGGCACUUGGCUGGGCGCUACUGUCAUUCCUCUGGAUUGGGAUCGCCCUUGGCAAACCUGGCCAAUUCCCUGUGUUAUAGGUGCGCUGCUUGGCUACUUAAUCGCGCACUUCAUCACCCUCGUCAAGACGCUUCCUGCACCAAAAUUACAUAGGAAAGUUCGUCGAUAGUAGUUCCAUACUUGUACAGAAAAAAAGAUAUUCCAAUUUAUUUAGUAAUAUCAGUUUUACUGAUUAAAGGCUGAUGAUUCAUCUUACAUUUUGAUUUUGUAUACUAUGUAUACUAGGUCAUACAAAGUUUGUUGAGCAUUAAUAUAUAAUUGCACAUUCUUCUGAUUCAUGUAGAUUUAUUACAUUAUUGUUAUCUGUGAUAUGUACAUAUGUAUAUAUGAAUUGAGAUAGUAAUAAUCAUGUAAAAAUCAUGUUUUUAUAUAUAAAUAAUAGUAAGAAUAUAUCUA